AUGUUUGGCGGCGGCAGUACGCACCAGUCGCAAGAGUCUCCUGCCGGCCAUCACACUCCUGUCCGCCCGUCGCCGUCUUCGAGCGCCAAUGCGCCGCGGCCAGUAGCUCCGUCUGCUGAUGUUCCCAUGGCGGAUUCGGGAGCCCCGCAGUCGAGCUCAACACCAAGCCAGCGGUCGCAGCAGCACAACAGCUCAGAGCCAAACUCUACCGCACCCGCUGCUGACCAAGCAGUACCGACACCGCCCAGUCCGACUUUCCGCCCCCGCUCACAGCAGCCGACGCCUUCGGGCAUAGACCCCGCCGUCGCAAACACGCGAACCGUUCCCUCGUCCGGUCCGCCUCCCGUCCAGCCUUCCCCAGCACAGUCCUUACGAUCACCGGAGGCUUCCCCUACGCGCAUCAAAGUCAAGAGUCUGUCACACAUCCAGAGUUUUGCUAUCGAUGAGUCCAGUCCCUUCUCUCAGUCGCGCUCGCUCGCACGGCGGCAGCGACGAGACCCUGCAGAGGUUGGGCCUCAAUACGAAAUCAGCGAGAUGCCUGUUUCAGACAUUAUCGAAAUGGUUGCCGGACUCUUGACCAAGAUCACAACAACCAACGAUCGCCAGCAUGACCAUCUACACCGCCAAAUCCCACCAUCAGACGGCACAGCGGGGUUGAGUCAACAGACUACCAGCGUCCUGGCCUUUCACGGCAAGAAUGUCCCCAGCAUCUCAAUUCUCAGCUAUCUGAGUAGAAUUCACAAAUACUGCCCGACCACGUACGAGGUGUUUUUGAGUUUGCUCGUCUACUUCGACAGAAUGACAGAGAGGGUAAAUGCUGGCCCUAUGUCUGGUCUUCGCAAGGCUAAUGAGCAGUCUGUGGAACACUCAAAGUCUACAAUGUCAGCAACUCCGGCUCCGGCAGAAAGCGCACGACCUGCAUCAGCUUCCGCUCAGGCGGCGACCCCUCCUCCGUCAGGCUCCUUGGGCAAGCCGUCGCAAACGCCAGGGGACGAUCCUCAGCCGCCUUCGCCGCCGCAACAAGAUCUCGACGCGGAUGCGUUGAAUCUAUCUCACUUUUUUGUUGUUGACAGCUUCAACAUACAUCGUCUCGUCAUAGCCGGUGUUACAUGCGCGAGCAAAUUCUUCUCCGACGUCUUCUAUACAAACUCGAGAUACGCAAAGGUCGGCGGUCUACCCUUGGUUGAACUGAACCACCUGGAGUUGCAAUUUCUGCUUUUAAACGACUUCCGCCUCGCUGUACCUUUAGAAGAGAUGGAGGCGUACGGAACGAUGUUAGUCGAGUUCUACGCGCGUGAAGUUGCCGAGCAGCAUGAACGAGAAAGCAGUGGGAAACAGUAA